GAGUGGGAGAGAGAGAGAGUUUUCUAUGUGAACUUCAGUACGUGGCUGGAGAUGCAUGUGGUCGGUUGCUUAUGUGCAAUACAUUCGCAGAAUAAAUUUUGAGAAGACCGUGACAAGAAAAUCAUUGCAAAAUUUACCUCAUAACCCAAGAUAACACGAUGGCCAUGUCGGGCGAAUUCGGGAACCCGUUAAGGAAAUUUAAACUUGUAUUUUUAGGUGAACAAAGUGUGGGCAAAACCUCACUCAUCACCCGGUUUAUGUACGAUUCCUUUGACAACACAUACCAG